AGGGUGCAGGGGCCACAACAAGACGGCCACCAGACGGGGUGAGAGUGGGCAAUGGGACAGGUAGAUCUGCCUGCACGGAACGCAGGCAGACGAGUUGUCGAAAAACGUAACCAUCGGCAGGCAGUGUGGUCACUGCCUCACACACUCGCUGCCCAUGUUGGCACACGGCAGUCGACGAUCGUUGGCAGGUAGGUAGCCAAGGGUUCGUUCUGCUGCCGUGUGCGAGCGUGACAGCGAAGGCGCAGGGAUGCGCCUGCAGGUGUAAGCGAGAGCAGCUGCGAGGUUGCUAUAAAACUAUCCACACACUAUCAUUACCCCUUGUUCACGACGACAGCGUGCCAUCAGUCUGCCAACGAAUUUGGCACCAACAAGAUCACAAUCACGGAAGACCGUAAGGACGAGCGGACGAGCAAAAGAAGAAGGACUUUCACACUGUGUGUGUGUGUGUGGUGCAGUUGUUGUGGUACGUUAUGCCCAGGAAAGUCGUACGAGUUGCUUACUAAGCUAGAUUAGUAACACAGUAGGCGGAAAGAAGAGAUACACGAGAGAGAGAGAGACAGUGUAAAUCGACAAACGAUCAAGUGAAUCAAGGGACCAGUUUCGGGAAGAGUGGUAUUGAGUUCGGUGUGACCAGUUUGACAGCUUCGUCUGUCCCUUGGCUUCCAGCAGUGUCCACAGUGUCUGCCUGUUUGUGUGUGCGCGCGCUUCUGUGUGUUAUGAUUAGCCUCCGCUAGGGACUGGUCGUUGCCACAUCGCAUCUUGUUUGUAUUUACUGUCCCCGAACACAGUCCAACCACACCAUGUUGCGGAGGGCACUGGUGGCCGCAAUGUUGCUGCUGCUGACACUGAUCCUGCUACAGUGCGACGGUCGUGCGCUGAAGCGAGGAUCGAACGACAACGACGACGGUUACAGCUUCCUUUCGAAGCAGAGCGAGAACGCUUGCGGGCAGCUGCCACCGCCGGUGCUGACCGAAAUACUAGGACCGGCGUUCAAUCCACGCUACAUGAGCAUCGAGGAGCCACCGGUAGCGGACAGCGGUGACCACGCGAACCCGGCCGGCAAGCGAGACGCGGAACCGUUCCCCCCGUUCUACGUCGACGAUACGUACUCGCUCGAGCUGAGCAACAAGCCGGCCUGGGAGGUGAGCCACGUCUCCGAGUCGAUCCCGCACGGCGACGGGGAUGCACGAGUCCGAACCCGGCGCGAUCUUUUCAACGACAUCCUGGAGACGAUGGCGGAACCGGCAGCGGACACAACGGCAGCAGAGCCGGACGAUGGUAGCAAUCCAGCAGCAGCCCGCCCGGUCCGAUCGUUCGGCGGCAAGGGACGCACGCGAUCGCCCAGUACCGGCGGUUCGCCCCGGCCCUGGGAGUGUGAGGCAAAGAUCCGGUGGAUCGACCUCGGGCCGGAGUACUUUCCGCGCUUCCUGCGCACGGUCGAGUGUACGCGGCAGAAGUGCUGGUACGGCCACUACUCCUGCCAGCCGCGCUCGUUCACGGUGAAGAUCCUGCGGCGGCGGACGGGCGAGUGCGUGCAGAGCGACCGGUUGCGGCGCAUCGGCGUCGACGGGCUGCCGGGCGAGCUGCGCGAGCUGUGGGUGUGGGAGGAGCGGGCCGUCAACUUUUGCUGUGACUGUGCGCCAGCCUUUUGAGGGCGGGCUGCUUUCCGGCCGGUGGCAAUGUUGUAUAGUUAAGCGUUUAUUUAAAAAACAAAAAUACCAAACUCCUUCCUUCACUCCUCCCCCUCCCUCGCUUCUAAGCUCGCACAUCUUAAUGUUGACAUUCGGAUAAGUGGCCAAAAAACGCUGCAGCAGUUUAGUUUUAAGAAAGAUAGAGCCGUUGGAGCCUUGCCGGAACCGUGUACAUAUAGUCGUUAAGGGGGGUUUUUCGGCGGAUAGCAGGAACCAGCGCCAAGACGAUCGUUUUGCCCGUUAUUUCGCUUGGGCGAGUCCUGCAGCCCAACAACACGAGCCGGGGCUGUCGUGUACGUGCGCCUGAGCAGGGCGCGCCUGUGUAGGUGUGUGUGUGUGUGUUGGGCGUUUGUGAUGACCGAAAUAAAUAUACCGAAAGCUUACCGCUGCCCAGCAGUGGACUGAGAA